UCACUUAUACACGUUAUUUAUCGAUUUAUUCAUUUAAAUGCUCUGAGUUACCUGUACACCAGCGAUAGUAGGUUGUAAUCUAAUCACGGUCGAUUUAAUUCGCGUUCUGAUCGGUCUCGCGUGUAAAUGUGCCGCGGUCCCUUUAAGCGUGACUCCAUUUUUCGGCGAAAUUUUAUCAAAGUUCCUGAAAAACUUGAACGGUCCGCAUUUACUCCGAGUUUAUUAACAAGCUAAAGACUCCCGAAUCUGGAUAACGGAAGAACUUAAGCAGUUAUUCGGCUGAUAUUAAACAGUGAAGCUACCUACCAUUAGACUAUUAUUGUUAUUAAUUAUCAUCAUCUUUUCAUCAGCAGCAGAGUGUGGAUCAAACCGGAUCAGAAUCUACAGACAUGACGAAUCUGUGUGGCUCUGCUGACGCGAGGCCUUUGAUGUCCCAGCGCUCUCUGCCCGGCACACCGGUCACCCACAAACACCUGCCCAUCGACCUGCGCACAUCCAUGGACGGCAAAUACAAGGAGAUCGCAGAGGAGCUGCUGGCGAGGAGUCUGACAGACAGCGACAUGCGUUGCGCUCCGUACGAGUUUCCUGAAGAAAGUCCCAUUGAACAGCUGGAAGAGAAACGUCACCGUCUGGAGCGACAGAUCAGUCAGGACAUCAAGCUUGAGCCCGAGAUUCUGCUGCGAGCGAAACAAGACUUCAUGAAAAUUGACAGCGCAGCAGACCUGGAGUGUCUGAAGGACAGUCAUGUGGAUGUGGUGGACCACCAUCAUAUGGAGCGAGAGAUGCUGGUGGAGAGAGAAUAUCAGCGCGUAUCCAUCUCGGGCGAGGAGAAGUGUGGGGUGCCAUUCACGGAUCUGGUGGACGCAGCAAAGUGUGUUGUGAAGGCCUUGUUCAUCAGAGAGAAGUACAUGGCUCUGUCUCUGCAGACCUUCUGUAAAACCACAGCACGAUCCUUGCAGGAGCUCAACCAGAGACCGCUGGAUGUCAACGUGUACGAGGACCUUAACGACAGUCCCGUCGACUCAAACAUGUCCGUUCACCCGCCGGUGUCAGAAACGCAUCCGUACGAUGGGCAGGACAUGAAGAACCUGCCGCCGGACACUGGGUACAGCUGCAAGAUGGUGGACGGAGUGUUUCACGUCUACCAUGCACAAAACCCCAUGGACAAGAGCACCGAAGUGGACCUGCCGUAUCCAGACCUGCAGGAAUACAUCGCCGACAUGAACGUGAUGAUGGCACUUAUCAUUAAUGGCCCUGUGAAGUCAUUCUGUUACCGGCGGCUGCAGUAUCUGAGCUCCAAGUUUCAGAUGCAUGUCCUGCUGAAUGAGAUGAAGGAGCUCGCCGCACAAAAGAAGGUGCCGCACAGAGACUUCUACAACAUACGCAAGGUGGACACGCACAUCCACGCGUCGUCAUGCAUGAACCAGAAGCACCUGCUGCGCUUCAUCAAGAGCGCAAUGAAGAAAUACCCGAACGAAAUCGUGCACAUAGAGGGCGGCCGUGGGCAGACGCUGAUGGAGGUGUUCGAGAACAUGAACCUGACAGCGUAUGAUCUGAGCGUGGACACACUGGACAUGCACGCGGACAGGAACACCUUCCACCGCUUCGACAAAUUCAACUCCAAAUACAACCCCAUCGGAGAGUCCAUCCUCAGAGAGAUUUUCAUCAAAACUGACAACCACAUCCAUGGGAAAUACUUCGGACACAUCGUCAAGGAAGUGAUGUCAGACCUGGAGGAGAGUAAGUAUCAGAAUGCUGAGCUGCGUCUGUCUGUUUACGGACGAUCCAUGGACGAGUGGGACAAACUGGCGCAGUGGGCUGUUUCUCACUCAGUCUACUCUGAUAAUGUCCGCUGGCUCGUCCAGAUCCCACGACUCUUUGAUGUUUACCGCACUAAAAAGCAGCUGAGUAACUUCCAGCAGAUGCUGGAGAACAUCUUCCUGCCGCUGUUUGAGGUCACCAUCAAUCCCAACAGCCACCCGCAACUACACCUCUUCCUGGAACAUGUGGUGGGAUUCGACAGCGUGGAUGACGAGUCCAAACCAGAGCAUCACGUCUUCAACAUGGACAGUCCGUCUCCGGCACGCUGGAGUGACGACGACAACCCGCCGUACUCCUACUACCUGUACUACAUGUAUGCCAACAUGACUGUCCUCAACCACCUGCGCAGGAGGCGGAGCUUCCACACAUUUGUGCUGCGACCUCACUGCGGGGAGGCGGGGCCUAUCCAUCACCUGGUGUCUGGAUUCAUGCUGUCAGAAAAUAUCUCACACGGCCUGCUGCUCAGAAAGGCUCCGGUCCUGCAGUAUCUGUACUAUCUGGCUCAGGUGGGCAUCGCCAUGUCUCCGCUCAGCAACAACAGUCUGUUUCUGAGUUACCAUCGCAACCCUCUGCCCGAGUAUCUGUCCCGCGGCCUGAUGGUGUCACUGUCCACCGACGACCCGCUGCAGUUCCACUUCACUAAGGAGCCUCUGAUGGAGGAGUACAGCAUCGCUGCUCAGGUGUGGAAACUCAGCUCAUGUGACAUGUGUGAACUCGCCAGAAACAGUGUGCUAAUGAGCGGCUUCUCACACAGGGCUAAGAGUCAUUGGCUGGGUCCCGAUUACACUAGAGAGGGUCCCGUCAGUAACGACAUCCGGCGCACAAACGUCCCAGACAUCCGUGUGGCGUAUCGAUAUGAGACUAUGUGCGAGGAGCUGCACCUGAUCACACAGGCCGUCCGAACGCAGGAGUUGGACAGCAUCGAGGAGGAGGACGGGCUGUCAUUCACAUCCAGCCAAUCAGCACGCUAGAGACGAGCCCUAACCCCGCCCACACUCCACCUGUCCUAUCAGGAGGCUGUAGACGAGCUCUGACCCCACCCACAAUCCGCCUGUCCAAUCAGGAUGCUGUAGCAGAGCCCUGACCCCACCCACAAUCAGCCUGUCCAAUCAAGUUGCUGUAGACGGGUCCUGACCCCACCCGCACCACACCCGUCCAAUCAGCACGCUAGAGACGGACCAAAGCCACAUUCCUGUCAUUUCACUGCAUGUUUAGAGCUAUGCAUCGCUAUUGUACGACGUUAUACCUCCGUCAUGACGUCACGUUCCCGCACGUGCCUUUUAUUUUAGAGACUUUUAUUUUGAAGGUUACAUUUGAGGUGUCUGUGAUUAUAACUGUAGUGCUACCUAUGAUAAUACAUAAUAUUUAAUUAUUUGCUUAAGUCUAAAAGCUGAAAUAAUUUAAGUGUUGUUUAAUUAAAUACAAUAUUAAAAACAAGUAGAAUUUCUUAUUAUUAUGAUAGUUAUAUUGGAAUAUAUUUUAAAUAUUAUAGAAAAUUAACAACAUAUACGCACAAUAAUAUUAAUAUAAUUAAACUGUAUUAUUAUGUUAAUAUUUUGUUUUUAAAAUUAAUGUUAAAAACAAUAUAAUUAUACUAACAUUAUUAUACAUUAAUAUGUAUAAUAAUUACAUUGAAAAAAAUAAUACUAAUUAUACAUAUUAAUAUAUGUAUAAUAUUAUUAACAAUUAUAUUUUGCUUUUAACUUUUUGAUAAUACGCACUUUUAUAUUAUUAUUAUCCCCCCGUUUUACUUAAACUUGACUUUUAUUUUGAAGGUUUAAUUUGUGAUAACUCACUGUGAACAGGUCUUUCAGUCUCUUGUUCUAUUGUCCAUUAAAUUGUCUCAUAAUUUUGAAGGAUUUACGUUUUCUGAUGGCCGAACUGUUCACAAGUGAACGUCCUGCAGGAGGCGCUGUUGAGCCAAAAGCUAUUUUUUUCCCCCCAACCCUAAACUUCCUCAACUCACUGAACCUUCCAUUUCUGUGCUGUUUACAAGGUAGUUUACCUACACAAGAAGUAUUUUACAUUCAUCCUUCACAUUGUUUUUUUCCGUUUUCCGAUCGAGCAUGUAUUUGGUAGUUUGAGUUGAAUGUUAAACUGACUGUUAACCGCCACAGUAUUAUGACACUCAACUAAUAAAUCACAAUGAACGUGACUCAGAAAAAGCAUGAUUUAUAGAAAUUAGCACAUUAAUCCAGAGCAAAGCAUGACGCACAACACGCUAGAAAGCAAAUGAUUAUGAAUAAUAGUAUGAAAUAUAUCUAUUUUUUGGGAGAAUGAUGUUUUGUUGAUUUCAAUAAAGCAUGU